AUGGUCCUCAAAAACGACCGCCAUACAAGCAGCGAGGCACCUGUCGGCCCCGUGGUGAAGCCGCAGGUCAGGGGCCCGCUAGAGUUGGACGCGGCGGUUGUCAAAGCAUUGCCGGUGCCUGGGUCAAAGCUCGUAAGUGCGAGGGAAUAUGGCUCAUCCCUCUGGGGCGGGGUCGGAAAGAUCACGGUUGAUGUUCCUGGCGAGGGGGUAAAAGAUUACUUUCUCAAGACCGUGAACCAGGGAAAUAUCGGUCGUGCCAUGGUUCACGGCGAGUUUGAGUCCCUCAACGCGAUCCACACCGUUUUUCCAGAUUUUGCUCCCCAGCCCCAUGCUUGGGGCCAGUACGAGGACUCACAAACCUGGUUCCUACUCACCGAGUUUCGCCAUAUCGGGAAACAGCCCGCAGAGCCUGUUGCGUUCACGGAGCGCCUGGCGGAACUGCACAAGAAGUCCACCUCACCUACAGGCAAAUUCGGCUUUCAUAUGACGACUUGCCACGCCAAGCUGCCGCAGGCCGUAAACGGUUGGGAAGAUUCCUGGGCUGUGCUAUACCGCAAACAGAUGAUCCGAAUGAUCAAGCUCGACGAAGAAACGAACGGCGUAUGGCCCGAGUUCAAGGCAGUCAGUCAGCUCCUCGUAGACAAGGUUAUCCCGAGGCUUCUGGAGCCGCUACAGUCCGAUGGCCGCAGUAUCAAGCCUUGUUUGGUACACGGCGAUUUGUGGGACGAGAAUACGGCCAUGGACGCUGUGACCGGCAAGCCCUUCAUCUUCGAUCCGUGCUGCUUCUAUGCCCAUAACGAGUACGAGAUGGGCAAUUGGAGGGCGGCAAGGGUCAGGCUAAGCGCCAAGGAGUAUAUCGAGGGCUAUAAACAGUCGUAUCCGCCUUCGGAACCCCAGGAAGAGUGGGAUGACCGUAACCUACUUUACUCGCUCCGUUUUGACCUGGGUUGUGCUAUCAACAUUCCAGGUCCUAGCAACCCGCAACGUCCGAUUGUCAAAGAUAAUAUGACCCUCUUGUGCGCCAAGUUCUUCCCAGAAGAACUCCGAUCCCUCCAAAACACAUUAGCCAAGCGGCCUCAGGAGUAAUCUACGAGGAAACUUUAAGAUGGACUGACUAACAAACCCGGCACGAUGGGAAGGCAAGAAAAGAUAUGGGAUUGGGGUAGAUGG